AUGAAAAAUGUCGGUUUUCUCUCCUGGCUGCUCUUAGCCGCGCUCUCCCCUUAUGUCUGGCGCGUGACCCUGGGGACCCCGCUGAAACCCGCACAGAAACUGGAUGUGCAAUGUGUGACGCUCUCUAGAGCUCUGCUCACUGACGUAACGCGCGCGCUCGCACGCGAUGAGCUAUUCGAAGGAUUCAACUGCACGGAGCAAAGUAUGGCAGUCAAUACUGCACUGUCUGCUUGCGAGCCAAGCGCAGGGCAGGAUGGUGGAUGCUCCAGCACUCAAAGCAUCAGGUUUAAUAAGGACGAAUGCCUGAGGAACAUUAAGGUGGAUUUGGAGUACCACCAGGACAAACUGUUUGCUUACCAGAGGAAGGACCUGGAGGACACUGUGCUCACGGCUAUCCAGAACCUUCUGAAGAAGUGUGACUUCCCCUCUGGUUCCUGGCCCUCCUCAGCAGUAACGACUCCCAGCAGCCCUCAGCCCUCCAGGAGCAGCUUUGACUUCGACGCGCGACUGAGUCUCUGUAGAGAGCUGAAGGGCUUCCAGGUUCGCUCCGUCACCAUCAACAGGAUCAUGGGAUACAUGGCAGCUUAAUGCCAGGAGCAUGGAGCCUUCCCCCCGCACAUCAUCCUCAUCCUCUCUACACAGCUGUGUGUCCGGGGGCAGCCAUGCAGGCACUACGCAGUGUGCAGUGAUACGCUCGUAUCAACCUCUGCUCUGUUUACACAUUACUGUAAGUCAGAUCUGAAAGCUUCUGUGUACAUUUCCAUGAGAAACUACCACACAUAAGCUAGGGUAAUGAGAUGUUCAGACACGUAUUUAAGUUAAUUUGUGUAACUUUUUUAUUAUUUAUUUAUUUAAUUUAUGUAUUUAUUUAUUUAUUCAUUUAAAUUUAUUUAUUUAUUUGUAAUUGUGCCUGGCAAGUAAAAUAAUAUUUUCGGAAACUAGAGGAAGCCGGGGUUAUCAUCAGCUAAUUAUUGGUUAAUAACUGUUUG